CUGUCAAAGAUGUCAUCUGCUCGAAAUUGGCUGGCAACGCUGCAUUUGGAAUGUCAUUUUUGUUUUCGCUCACUUCGCGAGAAUGUAAACAAACAGCAGAGCGGGUUUUUACUUUUUAUUUUAUUAGCGUGCGGAAAAAUGUCUCUUCUAACAGAUUCUUGCAGUCCUUUUGAGGUGGUGCCAAAUGCGUGCAAAAUAUGCGAAGAGACAUACGAAGCGAUGGGCUCAAUCAUAUGCCCCGAAGCGGACACUAAGAUGCUAGAGAAAAUCUAUAAAAGCACCAACGUGCGUGUGCAACCACGCAACGGUAUCAUCACGCCCGUGUGCGAUUGCUGUCGAAGUCGGAUCGAUGAGUAUGAUGAACAUUUUAAGCCUUACGUGAAAGAAUAUUAUCUCGACACUGGUGAAAGCGAUGGUGUAUUGGGAGAUAAGUUGAAUGAAAUGAUUGAUCCGUUGGCGGAUGCUGCUGAGAAUCCAGCGCAUAGCAGUGAUGAUGAACAAUCCGAGGAAAACGGACGGGAAACGGAUGCUCCUUUGGAUGAUAAUGAUUCGGAUGAUUCUGAUAAAGAGGCUCCACGGGAAGGUAGUCCUAUCGCCAUACCAAAUGGUACCAGCUGGGGAAAUUUGGCCGUUCUAAGAAAACCUUCCGAAUGCACUAUCUGCGGGAAGCAAGUUAAAUCGAUGUCGGAUCAUAUGAAAACGCACCAACACGAUAAGAAGUACAAAUGCACGUUCUGUGAUAAAUCAUUUGCACAAAGCAACAACCUCACCUACCACAUCCGGCAGCACACGGGCGAAAAACCGUAUCAGUGUGAAAUGUGUGACAAAAAGUUCAUCAACCACUCGCACCUCCUGUCCCAUUUGAAAUAUCAUAACGAUGAAAAGAUGUUUCAGUGUGAAAUUUGCUGUAAACGGUUUAACCAUGUGGGGAACUUAAACAAGCAUCGCCGGGUGCACUCCGGCGAGAAACCAUAUCGGUGCACGUUUUGCGAUAGGACGUUUAAUAAUAUUUCGAACAAAAAAAUGCACGAAAAACGGCAUACCGGCGAGCGGAACUUUGUCUGUGAGAUUUGCUCGAAAGGGUUCCACGACAACCAUCAUCUCGAGCGUCAUCAAACGGUUCAUCGGAAGAGUUGAGAAAGGAUUGAUCAUAAUAGAGCAUUAUGCAGUAUUACAUCAGAACUGUGGCUUGGACAGGAAAUUUGUUAUCUAAAUUGAGGGGAAAGUUUGAUAGGAACUUUAUACACAAGCAUAGCAGAUCUCGUUGAGUAUUACAAUACUUUAUCUAGUUUGUUAGUUGUACAAAACUAAGAACGUAAUCUCAAUUGAAUGAAAUUGUUGGCAAUUUAUUUGCAUUGAAAUACUAAA